UGGAGUGUCAUCAGCAUGAGAUCCUUAACUGUCCUAGGAGUUAUCCUCCUGCUGGUGCUCGUGGCCACCAGCCAGGCAGAUGACAGCCCAGGAUUCUUUCUGAAGAUCACCAAGAAUGUCCCCCGCCUGGGUAAGCGAAGCGAAAGCUUUGGAAUGAAGAACCUGAAGACCAUUCCGCGCAUAGGACGAAGCGAACAGCAGACCGCUGUGACACCUCUGCUGACCUGGCUCUGGGAUGUGGACGUGUCGCAGCCCAGCAAGCGGCGCCUGGCCACAGGUGAGGCAGCUGGCCAGGAGCGAGAACUUACCGUGGUUCAGCCGGUAAAUGCCAAUACCCUGAUGGAGCUCCUCGACAACAACGCCAUUCCCAGCGAGCACGUGAAGUUUGUGCAUUGGAAGGACUUUGAUCGCGCCCUCCAAUCGGACACAGAUCUGUACGCCAAGGUCAUUCAACUGGGCCGCCGCCCUGACCAUCGUCUGAAGGAGGAUCUCAACUUCAACAGCUACGUGCCCAUCUUUGACGGCAACGGCGACCAGAACGCCCCCUUCAUGAUGUACAACAACAACGAGGACCGGGAUCUGUAUGGCGGAGGCAAUCGCUACGAUCGCAACUUCUUAAAGUACAAUCAUUUGUGAGGAAGAAGUGACAUAUGAUUCAACAGUGAGAGCUCUCUAUAGGCAUCUCUGGAACUUUAGGUGUCCGUGGGUGAAAUCUUUCACUGCUUAUACCAUAUGCGUGUGUGUUUGUGCAUUGCUAAUUUAUUUUUAUGUGCGCAAAUCUUGAAAUAAAGUCGAGAAUACCAAAGACCA